AUGCGGAGUUUCAGUAAUCUCACGGCGCUACUCAAUCUAAUUGGGCUAUCAACAAUUGGCCAGGAAUUCUCGCGCACACUUACUAGUAUUGCGGUGAGCAUUUCUUUGGAACACCCGGUGAACACUAUACUCUACACCAGCUAUAGAAAUAAAACAGCCGAUGUAUUAGAGGUCUCGCACCUACUACGCGCACUGACCACACAACUUGCACUACCAAUGCUGCAUUUGGAUAGCUCACCACCUAUCGAACGUUAUGUAAGAAAAUUCAAUACUGAACUAUUGACCAUCGCCCAACUGAAUCACCAGCUCAAGUUUGACUUGGAGUUAUUGAAAAGUUUGUGGCAACGCCUUUGGCGCAACAGACAAAGUCACCUCAUCCUACUAUUCGACGGUUCAGCUAGCGUUGAAUACAUUGAAUUAAUACUGAAAGUAUGUGCAAAGCAUCGCGCUCUGAAUGUGAUUGCUCUACAGCCGAUAAUGGCUGUGCUGGAAGGAAGCUAUUGGACCUUGCGACUGUUUCCCAUACAGACAGUUGUUAAGCGCACCUUUGCUGCGGAUUGCAAGAAUAUAUUUCCCAAACAUAUGGAAAACAUGUAUGGACAUCCGAUACGCAUAAUCAUGAAUUCAUGGCACCCGCAAAUUUAUACUUACACACCGCAGAAGGGCAACGCAACACUGAGCGGCUUUUUGGGCAGAGCUUUAGCGGAAUAUGCAUAUCGCCACAAUGCGACAAUUGAGUGUCCAAUAUCCUUGAACCAUAAAAUGUUCACUUACAAUGACAUGAUGGGAUUUUUCGUGAACAAAACCAUUGACAUCGGCUCACUAACGCCCAUAGAAAGUGGCGAUCGUGAUUUGAGUUUCGCAGUUUUUUUCCAAUGGAGCAAUUGGUGUCUGAUGGUGCCCGUGGAGCAGCCACUUUCCAGGUCGAAAUUUUUCUACAAUAUUGCACAUAAAACGGUCAAAGUGCUAUUUUGUCUCAGCUUGGUGGUGAUCUCUUGCAUUUGGGCACUCAUCGCACGUUGGCAAGUUAAGCAGGAACUAUCGCUCAUCGAUCAUGUGGUGAAUUUCUCAGUGCUACUGGGUCUACUCGGCAUGCCAUUUUGGACGACGAAGCGCGCUUCAGCUGUGCACAAAAUGAUUUGCAUUACUAUUUCAUUGGUAGGUGUCAUCAUAGGUACCACCUACAAUACAUAUUUGCAGAGUUUCAGCGUAAAUGCACCCGCUAGUAAUAGAAUAACAAACAUCGACGAUUUGCUAAAUAGUGGCAUCAAAGUUGCUCUCCGCCAUGAAGAACUGUGUUGGGUUGAGGAUAGCAUAGAUUUUCGCAAAUAUAUUCAAAAUUUGACUAUUUUUACUAACCUCACGGAAUUUCUAUUGCUGCGCGAUACAUUAGAUACAAGGAGAGCUCAGUGCAUCGUAAGCAUUUAAAUGAAUUCGUAGCGAAUCUACAACAAGCUGGGCUGAUAGAACACUGGCGCCGGAAUAGCU